GGCUAACGUAGAUGAUGUGGUGAGCACAUAACGCAUUGCUAGCGCUGUUAUCAGCGAUAAGAUUAAUAGCUCAGGACGCCAUGCUCAAGUUGGUACAGGAUCUUGUAGGCGAUGUAUGAAAACGAAACCGAGUCCGCAAGGGCUACCCCUGCUUUGGUGAGGCGCUCAAAAGGUCGCAGAGUCAUACUCAAAUGCCGUCAAAGUUUCGAGAAAAUAUAGUCGAAAAGAAACAUGCACACACCCUCCUCGCGUCUGAUGGGAUGCCCGAGGCACCCGGAAUAGCAUUAGGAAUGGCACUGUAUUCCUUCAAUUGGACAGGCAAGCCUGGCCUCUUUCUCGAGGACUUGUAUGUAUCCCCAGAUGCAAGAAAUAAGGGCAUUGCGAAAGCCCUUUUCGUGGAGCUGGGCAAGGUAGCGCAGGAGAAGGUAACAUCACAUGCUUCUUUCCGAGGACCUUAGCUGAUGCAGCCUCCGGUCCACA